UUCCUUGUUAUUUCUGUUUCACCAGGGUAAUUCAACAAUCUUGGAUACAUGACUUUUGGAAAAAUACUCACAAUUAUUAGAUAUCUGACACUUUAAAGGCCCACCUUCCCCUUUGUGGAGGAGAAGGGUUAUUUAUUUUAUUUUUUUGAUUCGCUUUCUGAGGAAAGUUCCUGCAUAGGAGACCAUGUACAUCAAACAGGUCAUCAUCCAGGGGUUCCGAAGUUACAGGGACCAAACUGUGGUGGAUCCUUUCAGUCCCAAGCACAAUGUCAUCGUGGGCAGAAAUGGCUCUGGAAAAAGUAACUUUUUCUACGCCAUUCAGUUUGUGCUCAGUGAUGAGUUCAGUCACCUUCGCCCUGAGCAGCGAUUGGCCUUGCUCCAUGAGGGAACUGGUCCUCGUGUCAUUUCGGCGUUUGUGGAGAUUAUAUUUGACAACUCUGAUAACAGGCUGCCGAUCGACAAAGAGGAGGUGUCCCUCCGGCGUGUCAUCGGAGCCAAGAAGGACCAGUACUUCUUAGACAAGAAGAUGGUGACUAAAAACGAUGUCAUGAACCUCCUGGAGAGUGCCGGCUUCUCCCGUAGCAACCCCUACUACAUUGUCAAGCAGGGAAAGAUCAACCAGAUGGCCACGGCCCCCGACUCCCAGCGCCUGAAGCUGCUGAGGGAGGUGGCCGGAACCAGGGUGUACGAUGAGCGCAAGGAGGAGUCCAUCUCUCUCAUGAAGGAGACCGAGGGCAAAAGAGAGAAGAUCAAUGAGCUGUUGAAGUACAUCGAAGAGCGUCUGCACACCCUGGAGGAUGAGAAAGAGGAGCUGGCUCAGUACCAGAAGUGGGACAAGAUGAGGAGGGCCCUGGAGUACACUAUUUAUAACCAGGAGCUCAACGAGACCCGCGCCAAACUGGAUGAGCUGUCCUCCAAGAGGGAGACCUGUGGAGACAAGUCCCGACAUCUGAGAGACGCCCAGCAGGACGCCAGAGACAAAGUAGAGGAGACAGAGCGCGUGGUGCGGGAGAUGAAGUCCAAGAUCAGCGCCAUGAAGGAGGAGAAGGAGCAGCUCAGUGCCGAGCGACAGGAGCAGAUCAAACAGAGGACCAAGCUGGAGCUCAAGAGCAAGGACCUGCAGGAGGAGCUGGCUGGCAACAGCGAGCAGAAGAAACGUCUGCUGAAGGAGCGUCAGAAGCUCCUGGAGAAGAUUGAGGAGAAACAGAAGGAGUUGCAGGAGACUGAGCCCAAGUUCAACACGGUGAAGGAGAGGGAGGAGCGGGGCAUCGCCAGACUGGCCCAGGCCACCCAGGAGAGGACUGACCUGUAUGCCAAGCAGGGCCGGGGCAGCCAGUUCACCUCCAAGGAGGAGAGGGACAAGUGGAUCAAGAAGGAGCUCAAGUCCCUGGACCAGGCGAUCAACGACAAGAAGAGGCAGAUCGCUGCCAUCCACAAAGACCUGGAGGACACCGAGACCAACAAAGAGAAGAACCUGGAACAGUACAGUAAACUGGACCAGGAUCUGAAUGAGGUCAAGACCCGGGUGGAAGAGCUGGACAAAAAGUACUAUGAAGUCAAGAACAAAAAGGAUGAGCUGCAGAGCGAGAGAAACUACCUGUGGCGGGAGGAGAACGCGGAGCAGCAGGCCCUGGCGGCCAAACGGGAGGAGCUGGAGAAGAAACAGCAGCUACUCCGGGCAGCCACUGGCAAGGCCAUCCUGAACGGUAUCGACAGCAUCAACAAGGUGCUGGAGCAUUUCCGCAGGAAGGGGAUCAACCAGCAUGUCAUUAACGGUUACCAUGGCAUCGUUAUGAAUAACUUUGAGUGUGAGCCUGCCUUCUACACCUGUGUGGAAGUCACCGCAGGGACCAGGUUAUUUUACCACAUAGUGGAGACAGAUGAAGUGAGCACCAAGAUCCUGACGGAGUUCAACAAGAUGAACCUGCCUGGAGAGGUCACCUUCCUGCCCAUCAGCAAGCUGGAUGUCAGGGACACAGCGUACCCUGAGACCAAUGAUGCCAUCCCUAUGAUCAGCAAGCUGCGCUACAGCCAGCAGUUUGACAAGGCCUUCAAGCACGUCUUUGGGAAGACCUUGAUCUGUCGUAGCAUGGAGGUGUCCACCCAGCUGGCCAGAGCGUUCACCAUGGACUGUAUUACUCUGGAAGGUGACCAGGUGUCCCACCGCGGGGCGCUGACCGGGGGUUACUACGACACCAGGAAGUCCCGUCUGGAGCUCCAGAAAGACAUGAGGAAGGCCGAGCAGGAGCUGGGGGAGCUGGAGGCCAAGCUGAACGAGAACCUCCGCAGGAACAUCGAACGUAUCAACAAUGAGAUCGACCAGCUGAUGAACCAGAUGCAGCAGAUUGAGACCCAGCAGAGGAAGUUCAAGGCCUCCAGAGAUUCAAUCCUCUCCGAGAUGAAGAUGCUCAAGGAGAAGAGGCAGCAGUCCGAGAAGACGUUCAUGCCGAAGCAACGCUCCCUGCAGUCCCUGGAGGCCAGUCUACAUGCCAUGGAGUCCACCCGGGAGUCUCUGAAGGCAGAGCUGGGCACAGACCUGCUCUCUCAGCUCAGCCUGGAGGACCAGAGACGCGUGGAUGACCUCAACGACGAGAUCAGACAGCUGCAACAGGACAACAGGCAGCUGCUGAACGAGCGCAUCAAGCUGGAGGGCAUCAUGACCAGGGUGGAGACCUACCUCAACGAGAACCUGCGGAAACGACUCGACCAAGUAGAACAGGAGCUGAAUGAGCUGAGAGAAACAGAUGGAGGUACCAUGCUGACCGCCACCUCCUCAGAGCUGGAGGGGAUCAACAAACGCAUCAAAGAUACCCUGGCCCGCUCAGAAGACUUGGACGUGUUGAUCGACAAGGCGGAGAUUGAGGUCAAGGAGCACGCCAAGAGCAUGGACCGCUGGAAGAACGUGGAGAAGGAACAGAACGAUGCCAUCAACCAUGAUACCAAGGAGCUGGAGAAGAUGACCAACCGACAGGGCAUGCUGCUGAAGAAGAAAGAGGAGUGCAUGAAGAAGAUCAGGGAGCUUGGCUCCUUGCCGCAGGAGGCCUUCGAGAAGUACCAGACCCUCACACUCAAACAGCUGUUCCGCAAGCUGGAGCAGUGCAACACGGAGCUGAAGAAGUACAGCCACGUGAACAAGAAGGCUCUGGACCAGUUUGUCAACUUCUCUGAGCAGAAGGAGAAGCUGAUCAAACGUCAGGACGAGCUGGACCGAGGACACAAGUCCAUCAUGGAGCUCAUGAAUGUGCUGGAGCUCAGGAAGUACGAGGCCAUCCAGCUCACCUUCAAACAGGUGUCCAAGAACUUCAGCGAGGUGUUCCAGAAGCUAGUUCCAGGGGGCAAGGCCACCUUGGUGAUGAAGAAGGGGGACGCGGAGGGGGGUCAGUCCCAGGAUGAGGGUGAGGGGGGCACCGACAGUGAGAAGGGCUCGGGCUCCCAGAGUAGUGUGCCCUCCGUCGACCAGUUCACUGGAGUCGGCAUCAGGGUGUCGUUCACGGGCAAACAGGGGGAGAUGAGGGAGAUGCAGCAGCUGUCUGGGGGGCAGAAGUCCCUGGUGGCCCUGGCUCUCAUCUUCGCCAUCCAGAAGUGUGACCCGGCUCCCUUCUACCUGUUCGACGAGAUCGACCAGGCCCUGGACGCACAACACAGGAAGGCUGUCUCGGACAUGAUUGUCGAGCUGGCCGGCCACGCCCAGUUCAUCACCACUACAUUCAGGCCUGAGCUUCUGGAGUCGGCCGACAAGUUCUAUGGCGUCAAGUUCAGAAACAAGGUGAGUCACAUCGAUGUUAUCUCUGCGGAACAGGCCAAAGACUUUGUGGAGGAUGACACCACCCACGGUUAAGAAGAAUCAGCUCCUGAUGACCCUCCCCCUGUAGUGCACUGACCGCUCUGAGCAUUCAGUCCUCCGCACCCUGAAAGGACUCAAUGGAACUUUUCAGUCAGAUGUGUAUAAUUAGAACACAUUAAAUACAUUCUAAUUCUACGGUCAACUCUCAAGUCAGGCAUGUAGAAUUUAGAACACAUAAAUUACAUUCUAAUUCUACGGUCAACUCUUCAGUCAGACGUGUAGGAUUAGAACACAUCAAAUACAUUCUAAUUCUUCGGCCAGAACUCUACAGUCAGAUUUCCAAGUCUGUCGCCUGGAGCUUAGUAUCGGCAUAACCACCACUGUUCCUCAUGUGGCUGCGUUUGCAGCGGCAUCCCGGCUCUCUUCCAUUAAUUGUUGUUUUGACCAUUUACCCAGGUGUUCACAUCAGAUCUCUUUAUAAGCUUAAUGAAAUAUAGUAUAAUGGAAGCAUUGUCAGAUUUGGGCUGGCUGUGUAAGCCUGGCCUAUGUCGACAUCAUCCAUUGGCCACAGUUUUUUUUCUCUCAAAAGGAAGAACAUUUUUAAUAAAUAAAAGUAAGUUUAGCUCUCUUUUUUUUUGUCUGCUUUUAAAAACAAUGUUUUCAGACAGUGGUUUUUGUAAGUGUUGUUGAUGUAUGAUAUGAGAGGGUUGAUUUUAUUUUAUUUUUUCCGUGCUGGAGCAGUCUUUGAAUUAAGGUGCAUGUUGUCCUUUUUUUAUUUUAACUGUGGAUAUGUGCUGUGCCGAUGUUGUGCUUACCAGAUUUCAUCCCUAUUGAGAUUUAUUUCUACAGUUGGAAUAAAGUUCUGAUAAAGAAUGUCUAAUCUCAAA